CAUUAAAUUUGAAGAUGCAAUUGAAGCCUGCCUCCUGGGAUGCUUCAGUGAAAGAUUAUCUCCUUCGGCUUGAAGCUAUCACUCAGAUUAUUGGUAACAGUUUCAUUUAUGAUUCAUCCCGUGACUCUUACCCAGUUUGAAAUCAUUCAAACACCUUCCUUGGUACUGGCAGAACACAUCAAAAGGCUGGCUACAGGGGAAAGAAAGUCUUUGUCAGACAACUAUCAAAAGCCUUGCUAAACUGUGAGCAUUCUGAGGCUGUUUGUUCUUUAGAACACGUGGAAAGGCUGGCUACAAGAGAAAGACUUUGCCUGAAAACUAUCAAAAGCCUUGCUUCUUAUGUGAGCAUUCUGUGGAUGUUGGUUAUAGAACACAUCGAACGGCUGGCUACAAGGGGAAAGACUUUGCCAUACAACUCUCAAGAGGAUGUAGGAUAUUUUGCAGGCAUUGGACAAGCAGCUAUAAGAGAUCAAAUCAUAAAGAGACUGCCUUAUAACGAUCCGAGUCCAGUCUUCUGAAUCACCUGACUCCUUCGAUUGAUGUUGCUAAGCGCAGAUUGCUUCGUAAGAUGGUGUGGUGAGGAUACAGUCGCAAAAAGGCUUGCUGUACAACAGCUUAGACGAAGUCAACAAGGAAUCUUUACGUUUUCUCUUUAUUCUGUGAUGCUGUAAUAAGAAGUGGCAUUGGAAAUAAGUCUAUAUUUAGCUGGAUUUGUUGAAGAAAGGAACUUUGAUGUCUGCUUCAACCAGUGUUGUCUGCAACUCCGUUGUCUGCUUAGACAGAAUUCAGAUAUCAAGAUUUCGUGAUAAAUGAGACAUUUUGGAUUCCUUUGUGAAAAGAAGUCAAACGCCUUCCUCUACAAAUUCUCCUAAAUUUUGUCACGAGUUCUGUUUUCAUCUAGAAAUUCAUAACGCGGUCGUGAAUCAUCGACUGUUGCUUCAUCAGCAUCAUCGGAAGAUGCUGUCUAUCAGUCAUGAGAUGGUAUCAUCCCUGGUGACUAUUGAUCUGCAGCAGCAGCGGGAUGCUAGGCUAAUAGAGUUCCAACGGGAUCAUUUGAUGGUGAAAGAUGAUAAUUAGCGAUAACUGUUGUUGGAGAGAGCGUAAGCAAAGAACACUGGAAUAACUCAAGGACAUUCGGAAAACAAGGAAUAGGUCAUGUCUGGCGGAAACUCUCGGAGAUUACUAUUCUGAUAUCUGUUGGAUUGAACAUUGGAAUGACUGAUGAACAUUAUUGAAAAUACUGAGGGAUAUUUCUUGCCAAACCGAGUGAUAUUUGAAAAGUCUGGUGAAAAUUGGAAAAACUGAGGGACACUCGGAAAGCACUUGGUGACAUUUGAGAAAUAAUGAUGAAAUCUGGUUUGGAGAGGAAAACAUAUGAUAUUGAUGAAAUAGUGCCAAAUUUGGCAAUAACAGAGAAGUAGGUUAACAGCAAGACAAAAACCAACUUGAUGCACUUCAUAUCUCUGGAUGUACCCAAGGUUGAUGAGAUGAUUUGAUUGCAGAAUGACAACUAUUGCUAAUUAUGUCAGGGCAGCAUCCCUGGAUUGUGCUUUAAUUGCGGUGGAGUAAUUAAUUUGAACUACAAAUUACAUUGGAAUGCGUGCCCGGUCAAUACAGAGUUGGUUGAGAUGAAAAAAUUUCUUUAGUGUGGAUGAAGUUUUGGGCUGAAAAGGUCUUAUUUCUCUUUCGCUUUCGGGAAAUCACGGAAUGUGACAUGUCUUUUUUGGUAGGAUUGUAGGAUUGUAAGAUUGCUACGCCCAUUUUAUAUCUCUCUUGAUAACAAUUUUCCCUGGAAUGAAACUGUCCUCAGUUGGCUCAUAUAGGGGUUUUGUAAAAUACAUAUUUGGCUUCGUCAUUUGCUUACAUUUUCUGUUGCCAGUUUUAAUAUGAUUGUCUCGAAACAUCCAACUUUAGGAAGUGCGAGUUAUGGUUUAGGUUCCGUGCCGUGAAAAUUUCAAAUUUAGCUGGACUCACAAUGGCUGAAUUUAGAGUGCUCUUUCUUUGAAGUUGCCUUUGAACAUCGUAACUGAUUGAAAAGAGAAUCGAUAGGCCUCAUCCUAGCUCCAAUGAUAAGGCUGAACUGAUGUACCAUGGGUUGACAGUUUCAAGUCUGACUGGAUUUCUUACUAAAUUCUGAUGUUCUUGUGUGUCUGUGGUUUGAAAAUGGAUACAGUCUAUCGGUAUUCUUUGGGAUAUCGUCUCAAGGAGUGGGACCAUCUCGAGUACAUAACACCACCUUUGAGUAAUGAUGAAGUUGCUAAGUAUCGGGCGGUGGCGGCUAGGAUUAUGCCGUUAUUGCAAGCGCCGACAAUCUUUGGCACGUUACUGCCUGAACGACCACCAUCGGAGGUCAAAAACAGGCAGAGUGUUGUUCCACAGAUGUCUGGUUUGGCGCGAAUGUUUGCUCUUGCCGGGAAUGGUUACAGUCUUCCACAUGCAGAGGAAAACGAUGUAAUCAUCUACCAAGAUGGCCGCCUCAUCUCAGGGUCGAUUGAGGCCCUCAUUCAGCACAUGGUGCCUACAAGUACUUAUUAUCCCGACAGGACCUACAUAUUUGCAUUUCUGCUCAACUCACGACUGUUCAUAAAGCCACAUCUUCUUUUGAAAGAAAUAUGUCGGCUCUGCAUUUACCAACAGGGUCUCGCCGAUGACAAAACCACCAAAGAAUCUCUGGGCAAGUUUGGACCAAAUAUUAUCCAGCUGUUAAACGAAUGGACGGAGGUGUUCCCAUACGACUUUCGGGACGAACGGCUGAUGAAGCAUCUCAAAGACAUAACGCAGCGGAUAAUCAAGUUCUAUCCUGAUCUCAGGAAGGAAGUAGGUGCGAUGAUGCACAACUUGUUCUCACGGUUGGCACAUUUACAAAAGUAUGAGGAAAUGUUAACUAAGCUUCAUUCUGAACGCGCCCAACGACUUAUUAACUUAGUACCCACAGUUGACCUGUAUGGUUUAUGCUCUAGUCCACUUGUACUUGCUCAACAGUUGACACAUAUAGAACUGCAGCGCUUGAGUAACAUAGGCCCUGAGGAGUUUGUGCAAGCCUUUGCUAAAGAGAAUGAACUAGAGACGUCCUUCCAAGAUAUGAAGAAGACCAACAACUUGGAGGCAUACGUUCAGUGGUUCAAUCGUCUUAGCUACAUGGUGGCGACGGAAAUCAGCAUGCAUUUAAAAAAGAAACAACGAGCCAAGAUCAUCGAAUUCUUCAUCGACGUGGCGAAGGAGUGUUUCAAUAUUGGUAACUUCAACUCAUUGAUGGCAAUCAUAGCUGGUCUCAAUCUGAGUCCUGUUUCAAGGUUAAAGAAAACGUGGGGCAAGGUGAACACAGACAAGUUUGACAUUCUCGAGCACCAAAUGGACCCGAGCAAUAACUUUGCGAGCUACCGAUCAACGUUAAAGGCAGCAUUAUGGCGAUCGCAAGGGGCCGUAGAGGAGAGGGAGAAGAUUGUCAUUCCAUUCUUCAGCUUGUUGGUGAAAGACUUGUACUUCUUGAAUGAAGGCUGUGCCAAUAAGAUGCCCAAUGGACACAUCAACUUUGAGAAAUUCUGGCAGCUUGCAAAACAGAUAACUGACUUCAUCACGUGGAAACAAGUAGAGUGUCCAUUUGAAAAGAAUGAAGAAGUUCUCACCUAUGUGCUGACGACACCUGUCUUCUCAGAAACUUCCCUAUCACUGGCGUCAUAUGAAUGCGAGGCACCAGACAGCAGUUAUGAGAAGGAGCGACACAAAUCACUCAAGAUUCAAGCAGGCUUAUAGCACUGGGUGACACCAGCUACGUGCAAUUUGAUGGAUGGUGCCAUGAACACAAGCUUUAUAACUGUCUUGUGUGAGACAAUGACUUUGGACGUAUAUACUUCAUGAUGGGCAUAAGUUUCAGCUGCUACUCCUGGUGAUUGUAGCUCAUAACUUUGAGCGAUCUUUCACCAUGGAAAGUUUGAACUGUAAUUUUUGGAUGUCAGACAGAGGACAAUGUGAAAUUGACGAAAUAGGACAGAUUACUUUGAAACUCCGUGAAUGGACACUUGUAGCCAUACUCUGGAAGAGUAGGACGAUGCCAAACAAUGCAGAGAUGAGGUAAAGGACUCAGUGCAUGGAUAUAAAUGACACUUGUUUUCUCGUUUGAAUGGAUACAUUCAGGAUAUAGGACCGUGGAUGUACAUUCUCUUGUGAAGGAUGGAAAUCAUUCAGAGCAGUAUGUACUGUUCUUCUGAUGAAGUGUUGUCACAAAGGUUGACCCCUCAGACUCAGUAAUGCCAAUUGGGAUAUCUACCGACAGCUCUCUUGAAGGAAAUGGAGUGACUGGUUGAUAUCCGGACACUCUUGAAUUUGGUUUUCAAGAGAUAAUAGUUCUAAUGCAUUCUGGACACGUACAGCAUGUGUGUUAGAAUGUGUAAGAUCUGUUCCAUGUUUGACUUGAAUUGUAUGUGCAUUUUACAAUGAAGUUGCAGUGCAUUAAUUGCAUCAGCAGAGAUUUGGUGAAAAGAAUUUCAGAGAUUAUAUGAAGGACUUUAAUAAAGUGUGUUUCACGUCUUAUGGACCUAAAAUGAAAAUGUGAGAUGUAUGUCCAGUUGAGUAAAAUCAAAUCUUCAAUUAAUAUAAUUGGUGCUGUAUUGUACAUGUAAAGUUGUGUAAAUUUGUAAAUACAAGUAUUAUUGAGAUGUGCUGUGGAGACAUAUGUGCUAUUGAAGAUUCUGAAUCCUCAAGGGUUAUUCACACAGUUCUGAUGUGCUUAUUCCCACAUUGAAAUGAGCAGAUCAGUAUGUUAACUCUUUUUGGGUCAGGAUGAAUUCAAGUAGAAUAGAAUGUAAAAGUGGUGUAAAUGGCUGGAUGGGUCCAGUUUGUGUGCUACAAAAUUAUGGUGCACACUUAUUCUCUGUACCGGUAUAUUGUGUUUGUGUUCCACCCCAGAUACUACUAUACCACUGUUAAUGGUCUUACACAGAUGCUGAUUGGUUCUUAGCGCUAACCAAUCAGAAGUGCUGUUACUUUUAAGCUUCUUGCAACAGAAAGUCUCACUCUCUGUACUUCUCUAUUGAUUGGUUCUUAGUGCUAACCAAUCAGAAGUGCUGUUACUUUUAAGCUUCUUGCAACAGAAAGUCUCACUCUCUGUACUUCUCUAUUGAUUGGUUCUUAGCGCUAACCAAUCAGAAGUGCUGUUAAUUUUAAGCUUCUUGCAACAGAAAGUCUCUCUCUCUGUACUUCUCUAUUGAUUGGUUCUUAGUGCUAACCAAUCAGAAGUGCUGUUAAUUUUAAGCUUCUUGCAACAGAAAGUCUCACUCUCUGUACUUCUCUUAUGUAUUGGAGUUGUGAGAGUUUGGUGUGAAUAUUCUAAUAAGUAAUUUAUUGUCAACAGCUAUAUCAAUAUAUCAAAUGGAACAGCAAAGGAAACUUGAACUGUGUUAAGUGUUACAAUAAACCAAAAGCUCGAAAAUAACAUCGAAAUAAAAUGGUUGUGAUAGUUAACUGUGAAACAAAUCUGUCAUUGGUUUGUAUGUGUGUUUCAUGUUAAAUGAGUUGAAUUACACGCUCAAACAGUGAGACCAUAAAUGUGUUUGUUGUGGUUCAAAAGUGACAUCAGUUGUUUCCUCUCAUCUAACAUUAAGUUCAAUGGAAAUUAUCAUAUUAAUCCCUUACACGGUAUUGUAGGUGAUGGCUCUGAGACUGUAUUGUAUAAGUAGAGAAAUGAAUUUUUUUGGCAUUCACAGUAAAGUACAGUAAAGCUGGUCUUUAUUUCAAUUGCAUUUUCCUGGAUAGUUGUGACUUUAAUUUCUCCAUGUGUAUCUAGAUGGCGGUAGUGCGUUGCAAUUGAUCAAGAAUGUACAACACACUGUUCGUUUUCCUUUAAAUGAAAUUGAGAUUUGUGCUAGUAAACGGUGGUAUCUUUGUAAAAUAUGAUAAUUUAUUUCACUUUUGAUGUGUCUAGGUCUGUAGUAAUGGAAACGUCAGUGUUUUAGUAGGAUUUUUUUCAAUCAUGUCUGUUGUGAUUUUAUUCGAAUCAUGAUUAUUAUCAUGGAAGAUACUUUUAGGUGUUACGUAAAAUGAGCCGUCGACAAAAUGUUAAACAUUUUUUUGAAUUUUUUACGUUUUUUUUUCUCAUGAUGGGUGUUCUGUCUGACUGCAGAUGGUAUAUGUCUAAUAUUUGCAUGCUCUUAUCACUAAUCUGAUGUUCUUUGACCUUGGGUCACCUUGGCCCAAACAAUCAUUUUCAUGAAAUCAUUAAGUAUUCAUUGCGCGAUAUCUGAUUCUUGCUGGUACUACAAUGUAGAUUUUCUUAACUUAACCCAAUAGACCUUGCAUUGUACCCUGGACUCCUAUGCUUGAAAGCAAUCAUUCCUGAUACAGAUUCAUUAUACCUGUAUGUAGUCUUGGAUUCAUCAAUGGAAGCACAAGUUUGUGUCAGGUUUGAUUUGGGGGAUGAUGGUUUAUGGUGACCAGCAUAAGGUGGAAUGAAGCAACCGUGAUGCUUAUCAAAUGCCCAUCAAAUGAAACUUUGAGUAACAAUACAAGGUAAGUUAUGACAAGAUCAUGUUCGAAAAUUUAAAAGGUUUUCAAAACAUUUCAAACGCAAUAUAAUAUAACUACUUGUUUGGGGCACCCAUCACUAAAAGCAAUGGUAAAUGUCAUAUUUAACCAAGUAUUUGUACAUGUACAUGUAGUGCACAUGUAUUGAAUGUAGAGAUUAAUGUCUAGAUUAACUGCCAUAUUUUCAUGGUGUAUUUUGCUUGUUGUAUGAAGCAUUGGUAAAUAUCGUUAAUUUUUUUCACCUGUGGCAUUGAGUUGGUCGUUUGGAACAAUUUAAAGUUGAAUAAAUACAGCUAAGUACAAACAAAACGGCACCAUGUCUGUUAUAUUAAGUUUUAAAAUGUUCUGGAAAAGACAUUAUUUUUGUGCAAUUUUGUUAACAAUGAAUGAAUACAGUAAUAAAGUGUUAAUGAAUCGAUUAAGUGCAAAUUUUGUGAAUGUAAAACAAAUAUUUGGAAGUUAAUCAUUGACAACCGGUACGGUAAAUAAUUUUUUCGUAUUAUAGAUAAAAUGAUAAUUUUUUUCAUAAUUCGUCCUGGCAAUAUCAUUUUUUAACUAAGUGUACAACUGUAAAUUAAUUAAUUCAGACUGCCAUUCCAAACAAUUUUGCAGUGACGAUUGUGUCUGUUCUCUUACUUUUCUUCUAAAAUCCUUACGAGUCUUCAUCACCUUCAGGCCAAGCUUUCAAACAUCUUAUAAACGUGUUUAAAUCCUUCUCAUCUUUUCAAUCUCCCAUUUUUUCUAGUCUAAAUUUCAUUCUUUUGAAUUCAAUGGCAAAUGCUUUACCUUAAUAUUUCAAAGUUAUUUCAAAGCAUUUUUAUCAGGACUUCACAAGAUGAUUCAGACAACAGAGCAAAGCCUUGUAUAUAACUGUAAAUAAAUGUUUAUAGAAUAAUGAAGUCAGUGGAGCUUUAGUGCAUCCAGUUUUUGACUCGUCUCUGUAACGUGUAAACAGAACAAAUUUGGGUGGCAAAUAAAAUUUUGGUCAUUUAUAGUGAAUAAGUAA